GUUGAUGAGCCAGUGCUUCUCUCUGCAGCAGCAGGUGCACCACACAGAAGCGCCAAGAGUGGUACAUCGACUCCGAAAAACCUAUAUGUCGAGGCUGUCUGCCAGUCACUCAUCCAGAUCCGUUGAAUGUGACUUCAAUAGGCGACGAGGCAUCCGGACUUGUCUGGCGCGCUACGUAGCGUAAGAUGGAUUCGAGGGGCCCUCCCGAGGGGGCCCCUGCCGAGUCCUUCGAGAUAUCCUGUAUCGACAAGGGGGCUGACAUCUCAGUGAAUUGGCCUACUGAUCACGCUUUCGCUUCGUCGAUGUGCGAGCAACCGAAAAAGCUCAACAACAGACUUUUGUUUUUGACCGUGGAAUAUGUGGAGGAUCAGAACCGUUUGUUUCCCGCGUAUGAGCACAUCUCCUUCUCUCCGAGACCACCCUCUCCCCUGUCUGAAUUCGAGCAUCGGGUCAGUCCACUGGAUCCAAAUAUGAGCUCAGCUGCCAGAUAUUCUCCCACGCCUGUUCAGCUGCCUCCUUCCCCCUUCCCGAAUCCCGUUGUUGUGCUCCAAGGUCCUUCCUCUCCCUUGAUAUCUCAGCCCGAACCAAACAUCAGGACGAACAUCAAUUACGCGACCCAGUUGGCUCAUCCGAUUGACGGUCAGACUGUACCUCAAACAGACACAACCACAGACUUUGUUGGCAAUGGGAACGAGGAGGGAUUGGUGUCCGGCAACGAACUGAUUUUAAUGCAGGAAACUACACCCGAAUUGGAGUCUUCGGCAACUCCAUUGAUGCUGACGGGGAUCCCAAGCACAGAUUUUACUCUGACCAGGGAUUUUCUGGUGAUGCAAGAUGAUCAAAUAAACGUUAUCAAUACGUUCAAGAAUCAAAACAUAGAGAUGGAGGAUAAUCCUGUUAACAUGUUGUCUGUGACGGAAGAUACGAAUAAAGAGAACAAUAAUCUUGUUAUGGCAGAGUAUGACAAAGAGGAUCAACAAGAUGGCAAGACAUCGCCAUCCGAUGAGAAAAAGAAAGUGAUUGAAAAGAAAGAAGUGAGGAAAUCCAAACGACGUUUGACAGAUAAAAACGAUUUAUGGUGCGACGAAUACGACGGCAAUUGCGCCAAAGAUGACGGUAAUUUAAACGACGUGUGCACAAUCGCAGAUCAACCGGUACCUUCGCGUGCCGUAGCAACACUGCCAGGAUCGUAUCUCUCGUUAAACAAACUAUCCACCUCGAACGACGACGUGAUCUUCGGGGUUUUUGCGAAGCGCAAUAUUCGUCGGCGCACGCAGUUCGGUCCGAUAGAAGGCGUACUUUGUCCUUACGACGGUUCGUCCUUCGAGAACGCUUUGCCGCUGCUCUACGAAACUGAGAGCGGCGAAUUUCUGAAAGUAGAUGUUUCCAACGAAAACACAUCAAAUUGGAUGCGUUUCGUUCGACCCGCACUGACGUACAAAGAACAAAAUUUAAUCAUUUGCCAGCAGAAGGACGGAAUAGUGUUUUUGACUAAUAGAAAUAUUUCAGCGAAGGAAGAAUUGAAGGCGGGUCCUGGUCCAAGCUACGCAAAUCGUAGGAAUUUGCCGAUACUUAAACCAGACGCCAAGGAUGAGAAAGAAGUUGCUAAUCAAAUUUCUUCGUGGUCGCGCUUUGACGGCAACUCUUACAAUCGGCGCAUAAACAUGCUCCGCGGCAGAAACAUCAAAGAAAAAGAGAACUCGCAGAAGAACAAGUGCGGCAAAGAGUGGAAAUGCUCUGUGUGCAAUCUGAUUUUCAAAAAGCUGUCCUUGCUCAAUCUGCACGCAAUCGCUCACUCAUCGUCUAACAAUACCAAAAUCGAGAAUCAAACGUCCACGUGUCCACAAUGCAGAGUAACGUUCGAGAAACCGAGCGAGUUGGUGAGUCACGUGUCGCAACACGGACGAUCGGCCUCAACGAAGACGAAGAAGCUGACGUCCUUGAGCUCGUACAAAUGUUCACUGUGCUACAAGCGUUUCGCCACGCCGAUGCGAUUGCAACAGCACUGCCUGGUGCACAGUCCCGAGGACCAAAAACCACUGCCGUGCAACAUCUGCAUGAAACGAUUUAUGAACAACUCGGCGUUAACCGGUCACCUGAAAACGCACAGAGGAAACGAGCAGGCGUUUGAGUGUCCGAUGUGCAAACAGGUAUUUCGUCAGGGCAUAAUGCUGAAAAAUCACGUUGAGACACACAGGAAUCAGGAUGGUAUAUUCAGCUGUCCCCACUGCCAACGAACGUUCAUCAAGUAUUCGGUUAUUCGCAAGCAUAUACGGGCUUAUCACUCCGAGAGAAAACACAAGUGCCAACAUUGCGCGAAAUGUUUCCCGACCGUUGACAAAUUGCGCAUGCAUUUGCUGAAACAUUCCGACCACAGAGAAUUCCAUUGCGCGGACUGCGGCAAGCAGUUUAAGAGAAAAGAUAAAUUAAAAGAACACAUGACUAAACUACAUCAGUCGAAGGCAAUUAACGGAGAACAGAUGACUCAGACGAAGAAAUUUGUGCCACAGGUAAACCCGAACGAUUACAAUCGCUUUAUUUACAAAUGCCAUCAAUGUCUGGUGGGUUUCAAGCGAAGAGGGAUGCUGGUGAAUCAUCUGGCGAAGCGGCAUCCCGAAGUCGCGCCGGAAUCCGUACCCGAAUUAAACUUACCGAUUCUGCGACAAACCAGAGACUAUUACUGCCAAUAUUGCGACAAGGUCUAUAAAAGUAGCAGCAAGCGUAAGGCACAUAUCAUGAAGAAUCAUCCCGGCGCGGCUCUACCGGCUAGCAAUCGGCAGAAGGAAUCGGAAUUCCUGGGUCUGCCGAAUCCUACGUUCAGCCAGACAGUGGGCAGCAUCACGACCGUUCCCCAUGGCUGUCAGUGGUGUCACAAGCAAUAUGCCAGCAAGGCGAAACUGCUGCAACAUCAACGUAAGAAGCACGCCCACUUGAUGGAACCGAAGGAUCAGAUACCGCGAUCGCGGAACCGACCGCCGCAGAAUCAAAAUCAACCGCCGGCGUUGAACAUGAAGAACCUCGUGGUGUCCGACUACAUUCCUGGAUGCGAUGUCAACGAGGAUUUUCUCAAGCAGAAAGUAAUCAAAAUAUCGGACGACGUCGAUCUUGUGCCCAAUGGCGGCCUGGAGAUGAUGGUCGGUCAACAGUUUGUGCGUAUGCGGGACAUACGCUGAGGAGAAGCGCGGCAUCCCCGACACGGGGGAUGAGCGUCACUUAAUUUAUCGAGAUAUGAAUCUCGCGACCUUUGUACGCAGCCGAGAUAGGCUGUGGUUUUUUGCUGUCGUUACACUCAAAUUGGAGCGACGUCGCGCCCCCUGGACGAGAGGCGGCGAGGUCAGUCGCUUGAGAAACAUUUGAGAAUACGCGGCUUUGUCGGCGCCGGAGUGCGAAACACUCGGCGCCAUUUUGUUGGUUGUAUAUUAGUCGAUCGACAACGACAACGGUCAUCGAUAAUAACAAAAAAAUAGCGACUCUUUGGCGAGGAGAUUUGUUCGAAGCGGAGGCCGCAAUUUUUAAGAACACUUUGUCCGAGUCUCGAAACGAAAAAAAAAAAAAAAA